GUACGUGCCAUUACGUGCGCCCGCGGAUUUCGACGAUCGGCCGACGGCUCCGCUCCGCUCCCGUGGAGACAGUCAGUCGUUUCGAGGCUGCCGAGUUGACCGGGUGUCUAGUCGAGAGCCGUGGGGAGCGCACUCCGGGCUGUGUGUCUUUCUCUCCGUCUGAAACCGUCGCUGCUUCUGCUCUUGUCGCGCCUGCCCGUCCCUUCUUUUGUCGGCCACCCCAAUCGAGAUUUUCGACGCCGAGGGACCAUGGCGAAUACCACGAUCGUGACUAUUGUACUGCUGGCGGUGAUCCAGGCUGCCAUGUGCAAGACCAACUGCACGCGCAUAUGCUCUCCAAGCGACUUCUUUCCGAAUGUCAAAGGCAAUCUCACGAAGAUCGUCUGGGCGCAUGCUGUCAACAGCCAGGCGAAAUUGGAGAAGGCACUCUCGUCAGGGGAUGUCAUGAUGCUGGAGGCCGAUGUCGUGAUGGGCAAACUUAACAAUACCAACAAUACCAGCGAAAUCCCGAUAAUGGCGCAUCCACCGAACACGGAGAGCGAUCUGUCGCUCGAGGAGUUCCUCAAUAUAACCAACACUAACGGCAGCAAGGGCAUCAAGCUGGAUUUCAAGACAAAUGACGCUUUCAACAACAGCAAGUCCAUUCUUAAAAAGUGGCAACCGAUCUUGAAGCGUCCAGUUUUCCUCAAUGCGGACAUUCUUUCUGGGCCAGUCAACGCUACUCUUCCGCUUGUCGGGAAAGAAUUCAUAAAAGAAGCUAAUGAUAUCAUACCAGACGCUAUCCUCUCUAUUGGUUGGACAACCAGGUACGGAAAGGAGUUCAACAUCACCAAGGGUCGAUACAGCGCGGAGCAGCUCAAGAAGAUGGUCGACACUGUUGCCGAGAGUCGUGUCACCCAGCCGGUAACUUAUCCCGUACGAGCUGGACUCGCGGUAAACGAUAUCGAUGCCAUGAAGGCGUUAUUGAAGAACACGAAGAAUGCGACUCUGACGAUCUGGUCAGCGGAGGGCGAUUCCGUCGAUCCCGCGAAACUUUCGAAGCUGAUCAAAGAAGUGGACAUCGACAAGGUGUACGUGGACGUGCCGAAUGACCUGAGGAGCAAGCUCAAUCUCUCGGGCGCGUCCGCGAUGACACCCGCGGUGAUGAUGACUCUGGGCGCAUCGAUGGCGCUUCUGGUCCUGUCGAGGAUGCUGUAAGCAUUGAAGAUCGUAGGCUAGCAGAUGUAGACUUGCGGCGAAAUUCGAUAAAAGGAGGACUCUGGACCCCUCCGUUCCGGGAGCCUCUCGACGGAGAAACGAAAGUACGAACGAACGACGAAAUCCGAUUACGAUCGCACGCCAUGAAUUAUAUCAUCGUUUGAUCGCCAUCGCGAUCGUUCGAUCGGGUCUUCGUCCGAUUCAUCGCGGCUACAUUUCUUAAGACGUACCUCUCUCGCGAUAUUCGAUUAGUCGUUGCAGCGAACGAUUUCCAAUGCGAGAUAUUUUCCACACGAAAUUCGCCUCUAUCCAGGUAAAAAAAAAAUAACGUUCGUUUUGUCGAUACAAUUUGUACUUAAAAUCGUCACGCAAAACAAUCCCGAAUUGUAUAAAUUAAAAAUAUUUUUUUUAAUAUAUCUGACUUGAUAAAUCGUAAAAAAAAAAGAUAACCUGCAUAUAUGUAUGUGUAGGUAGUUUCAAUUAUAUCGAGAAUCACUUUAAUACCGUUGAUAAACAGUAACGCUUUACCUAAUGUUAAUUAAUGUCUAAAAAGUUUCUUAAUAUUAUAUUACACGUAUGUUAAUAAAUCAAUUGAUAAACUCCAUCGCACACACACACGCAUACAUACACAUACAAGCAAUCGAUCGCAAUUACUUAUUGCAUAAAAGAAAACCAUUAUAUAUGAAGGACACGCGGUCUGAGAAAUUGUCCUGAAUUUUUUUAUUGAAGUACAAACAGCGAUAUAAAAAGAGAGCGCGCUUUACGUAAUUUCGUACCAAGUACAACGUACUUGCGCGCGCACUCAUGUGUUUAAUGUCCCUUUGUAAUGUUCACCGCCCCGUACCUGCGUUUAACAUAUCUCCGAUUUAGGUGCAGCAAAAAAAAAUUAUAUUAGUCUCUAUAUAUAAGCUACGUAUUUAAGCCAAAGGAUUAAAAAAAAAUGCAGUAUACGGUGCGAGAGUGCACUGCGUUUGAUAACGAGUCAAUAAAAUUAUGCAAAAUUAUUGAGAAAA